AUGGAAGGGAGCAUCUACACCAGCACACAAAUCUGCAUGGCCUGCGGCUUCCCCCGUGGCAGCAGCGUCUCCUGCCCAGUCACUCAACGUCACCACGGCACCGAUGAGCUCAUCACGUCUGGCAGACCUCGCACCAAUCAUCAUCGCGUCGUCCCCAAGAAUAUCUUUAAAAGGAUGCAGGUAAAACUCCCUGUAUUGGUUAUCCAUACCCCUGGCAAGCUCAUACGAGUGAGGAAUAAACAUAAUACGCAGACUGUCAGAGAGGUGCAUCCCUUGGCCCCGGGGGCAGAGGGUGCAACCGCCGAUAGAACGGGCGGGCGUUCAUGUGAGGUGGACCCAUCACGCGCUGGCGGUGUGGGCGAUCCUGUGAGCCCAAAGAGCCGCAUAGCGGACCGCAAAAGCGGUGACUCUGCGCAACAGCAUAGCGGAAUUGACAUGGGCGAGACUGGUGACACAGUAAACGAGAAUGCCAGUCAGGAGGGGGGUGAGGUACAGUACUACUGCUACACGGACGAAAAUGGUGACACGUAUUGGUGCACGCAGGAACUGCCAGACUCGAUGCAACCGAGCCAGUCCGACGCAAGCGCAGAGGUGGGGGACACGAGUGCGCAGGGGUGCACGGCAUACUAUGAGGCCCUGGCAAGGCAGUAUGAAGCAGACGGCUCAGUUCCAGAGGGAUCUUGCAUAUGCGAGUACGUGGACAAGGACGGUCAGACAGUGUACUACCUCUAUACGCCUGAGGUGAAUAACACCCAAGACAACGCGGCCGCCACACCUCCGCAGGCGCCGGACACCAACGACGACAGCACGGCCUCUGCGCUGGCCAUCGCGGUUGCUGAGUCUAAGGUCGUCUCUGCGAAAGAGAGUGACCCAACUACGUCAUCUACGCGAAAACCGCCACACGCGUUCCUUUCGGCCAUCACGAAAGCUUUCAAGCCCCGCCGCAGCAGCCGUACCCGUGACCGAAAUAAUGACCUCGCUGCACAGUGCGGUGGAGACGUGGAUUCCGACUUUUUCACAGCGGACUGGUAUGCAGAGCCGCCAGCCCCGCUGGGGACUGUGACCAGUGAGUCUCCCAUCACCUCAGGCCCCAGUGAAGUGAGCACUUACGACAAUGACGUGGAAGAGUUCAUGGAGCUCCUCGACGACGGAGAGAAAAAGAAGUUCCUGAAAGAGCGCAAGCGUCUCAUUAAGGAGCUCGCCGCGAGCGAAAAGAAGGAACGGGAGUCGAUCAUGAAGCAGCGAAGCGAUGGCGUGGAGGCGUUAAGACGGUUAAAGUGA